AUGGGUACAGAAACCGUUGAUAUAACAGCAGGUGAAAGUGCAAAUCCUCGUCGUGAUGUUCCAUCUGUAAUGACAGGAACUAUUUGGCGUAUUAUUUUAUUUUUUUGGAUCAAUUCAGUAUCACCAUUUACACUGGUGUUUGUUAAAUCAGGUAUUAAACCAGCUGUACAUAUUAUGAAUGCAGUUAUAUUAACAACAAUAUUAUCAGCUGGAAAUUCAGCUCUUUAUGCCUGUACACGUAUUUUAUUUGCCUUAUGUCUUGUAUUUACAGCAUUUGUAUCAACAGUAUUAUCUGGUUUAUCAUUUAUUGGCAAUAAAAUAAUUUAUCGAUGGUUAGUUAAUAUAACAGGUGUAAUAGGACUUCGAAACAAUCAAGCUAUGUUCGAUGCUUAUGUAUCAUUACGUAAAAUUGCACAAAAAUACGAAUUGGAAGAAGAAUUAGCUAUCCCACGUGUUAUUUUCGUUGGUGAAACUUCAUCGGGCAAAUCUAUGCUUGUUCAAAAUUUCCUUCGUUUUCCAUGUGCAUUUUCACACAGCGAUGUUGGAACACGAUGUCCAAUUCUCUAUCGUCUUCGUUACAAUCCAACAUUAGACGAUGAUGUUAUUAUCAUUAAACAUCCAUCAGGAAUCAAACAACCUCAAGAUUUAGCUGAACAUUUGCGACAAGUGAUGGAACAGAUUGAGCGUGAAGAUGGAUUUCGUAUAGAAGAAUAUUUAGUUCAUAUUGAAAGUAAUCAAUAUCGAGAUUUCGAAAUUUUGGAUGUUCCAGGAUUGAUAAGUGGUUCUUGGGAUAGUGAACAUGCAAAGGCAGUCGAGAGAAUUACAGAACAUUAUGUUCGUGACCCGACAUUUUUAAUUGUUCAGUUGAAAGAAGCAACACAAUUGGGAGUGAAUAGUUUUGGAAUGAAACGCAUUAGAGAAUUUUGCCUCAUGGAUCCUGCUCCAUGCGGUUCCCCAUUGCCUCCAAGACGUGAUUAUGAAGACUAUACUCUCACGAUUCAAACGAAAUUUGAUAUUUUCAUGGACGGGCACAAAGAUGGUUCACAGGCAAAUGACGAUAUGGCGAAAUUACUUGAGCACUUUAAUCAACAAACGUCAUUUGUCAGUAUGAUUUUUGAUGCGUAUAGUUUUGGUAAACAUACAUAUGAAGAAAAUGCUAAAUAUAUUGCUAACUUGCCUGAAUUAGAAUUCGAACGUGUGGAUAAUUGGAUUCGUGCAAUGAAAGAUUCGUCAAAACAAUCGAAUAAUUCAUUGAACCAAUUUGAUGAAACUCGAUUUCGAUCAUUGAUUGGUAUCAAUAUUGUUCGAGAUCGUAUCCAAGAUAUGUGGGUUCAAGCGUUUCGUGGUGCACUACCUAAAAUUCAACAAGUACUUCAAGAACUCGUUCAAGAACAAAAGCUUCAAUAUCAAGCACUCAUUAGUUUAGUAGAAGAGAAAGACUUGAAAGCCAUCCGCAAAUUGUAUAAACGUUAUAUUCAAACAUUUCGUUCAACAAUAUCCAAUUAUAUUGCUUUUCGUGCUGAAAUCAGUGCGCGCUUUGAUUUGGAAACAUACGGUCGAACAUACGCACAAUUUGAAGAAGAAUACAAUCGAUGGCCACGUAAAAUUUCAUUCUCAUGGUUGGCUCAUCAAACAGCUGAACAAAUGAACAAAGUACCCAUAGAGCGACGUCUUCAAUCAUUGCCAUUACGUUAUGUUGGUGCACGACAUUUUGAACGUAUUCGACAAGUAUUUUAUUACAUGAUAUUAACUUACCAACCCAUCGAACGUCAACAAGAUUGGAUCGAAUCCGCUCAAGGAAUUCUCUAUGGAGUCAAUGCUGAUAAUGAAAACCUGGAGAAAGGUGCACGUGAACUUCUAUAUACUUACAUAAGUGAAACAUUCGUUAUGGCAAUUUGUUGGUUAACACAGGUUUAUUCGUUUCUUCUUGAUCAUUUUGAACAACAAGUUACUGAUGUUUUACUCAGUUCGACGGGUGAUUUCGCUUUACUAGCUAAGGGUCACGAAAAAUUUUUAAGUUAUGUUCGCUUAGAAUAUCAUCGUACGACACGUCAAAUGAUUCGACGUGCUGUUGAAGCGAGUAAACAUGCGCGACGUUCGAAAAUGAUCUAUGCUGCUCAUAGUAUUUGUGAUUAUCUACGAACUUUAGUUGAAUCAUUUCCACCGACUAUUCAAGAAAACCAAAAGGAAGAAACUUCUACGUCGGAUAUUAAUCUUCGUCGAUUAGUCUAUCAUACUCAAACUUUCCUUCCUGAAAAUCGUAAUUCAGAAACGGCCAGUUACUUACCUACAAUGCGCAAUACGACCAAUCAAAUAUAUUCGGCUAUUCGAGGUCUUUUACUUCAGGAUAUUACUGCAAAUUUCUUUGCCAAUGUUGUCAUUGAAGUUCAACACUAUGAUUCUGUUGAAAUACCGGACUCUUUGCAACAUCGUCUCGAUCAAAUGUCCAACGAAGAGAUAGCUUUGAUGUCUCAGAUUGAUUUCGAAGAACAUACUCAAGAAUUACAAAUGAUUUAUGAGAAAUUAACUAUGUUAGAAGAUGCUUGUGAUGAAAUUAAACGAGACAGUCGAUUGUUUGAUGUUAAAGUGUCUGGUCAUGUUCUAGACAAAAAAGAUCAAGAGAAAAAUAUUUCUCGUGCAAAACGAGAUCAUCGACAUCAAGAACUUAUGAAUAAACUUUAUCAAGUACAACCUAAAAAAAUCGAAACGGAAAUAUCAAAUGACAUGAAAGACGAUGAUAGUCAUCACGAUGAAGAUGAGUAUCAACUGAAAAUAUUGGAUAACGAUCCGCACACAUGUCAACAUUAUCUUCUUGAACUGUAUCGAAAAGAUGAUCUCGACGAUUUGAAACAUGGGUUUCUUCCUGGAGACCAUUUUUCAACUACAUGUAUUGAUGCCAUUAUUCAGACAGAUUUAAAUGGUGAAAUUUUGAACGAUUGGUACGCAAGUGAACAUGGAUAUAUAUUGACUCCAAAGGGCAAAAACCGGCGUGUGCCAAGAGAUUUUGAUCAUCAUCAUCAUUAUAUUUAUCCUACUCUUCAUCAAAUAACUCAUGUUAAUUUAGCAAUCGCUUUCGAUGAAGAACAUGUUUUAGUUGCACUAUUUCAUCAAGAUUUACUUGUUUAG